UUUGUGGGCUCUUCUUUGCUCUCCUCUCUCUCUCUUUUUCUAUUUCUAACUUCGAUCAAAAGCCACACUGAUAUUCUUCUACCUCAAGCAGAUCUAUUAUCCCUUAGUUAUUUUUCUGAAAAAAAUUAAUUUAAUUUCGACUUUUGAGUUUAGUUAAAUUCUCUCGCCCUGUAAUUUGCGCGGGGAUAUAGCUUGACGAAGUUUUUGGAUUGAUUGAAAGGAAAAAAUGGGAAGGGGAAAGAUCGCGAUCAAGAGGAUCGAUAACUCGACGAACCGACAGGUGACUUUCUCGAAGCGAAGGAACGGUUUGAUGAAGAAAGCUAAGGAGCUUGCCAUUCUCUGCGAUGCAGAGGUUGGUCUAAUCAUCUUCUCCAGCACCGGCAGACUCUACGAGUUCUCCAGCUCAAGCAUGAAGUCGGUGAUAGAGAGAUACAACGAGGUCAAAGGUGAAACCAAUUCAGAGAUUAACUCAGCUACAGAAAUCAAGUUUUGGCAAACGGAGGCAGCGAUUCUCAAACGACAGCUACAUAACUUGCAAGAAGACCAUCGGCAAAUGAUGGGAGAAGAGCUCUCUGGACUAAGUGUGGAAGAUUUAAAGAAACUGGAGAAUCAGCUUGAACUGAGCCUUCGUGAUGUACGAAUGAAAAAGGAUCAACUGUUACAGGAAGAAAUACAUGAGCUUAACCGCAAGGGGAUUCUCGUGCACCAAGAGAAUAUGGAUCUUCACAAGAAAGUAAACUUAAUGCAACAACAGAAUAUGGAGUUACAUAAGAAGGUUUCAGAGGUUGAGAGUGUGAAAAGCGCAGACAAAAGUUCUCUUCUCACAAAUGGUCUACGCAUGAGAGAUAACUCGAGCGAACAUGUCCAUCUUCAGCUCAGCCAACCGCUGCAGCAUGAUGAGACGACACAUUCAAAAGCUCUCCAACUAAGCUAUUUCUCCUUCAUUUCAUAAUAUAAAUAUAUAUAUAUAUAAUUCAGUGUUGGCUGUAGCAGUUUGUUGACACUGCUUAAAGUAAGGAAUUGCAAAACAUGAUCAGAUCGUAUUUUUGAUUUGUUUUGACUCUUUCUCUUAGCAAAGUACGUUGGCUCGGGGUUUUUAAGUAUGUACUGCGAUGGUUCGGAGAAAUUCCAAAAAUAUUUGAAAGUAUAAUUAAACAUUUCGUUA